ACUUGGAUUCCCACCCUGUUGGUGCUACAGGAAUUCGGAAAUACCCUCUCCUAUUCAACAUUUCCAUCCCUCACCAUGAAGAAAUCACCAUGGCAGAGCUGAGGCUCUACACCCUGGUGGAGAGGGACCAAAGGCUCUACGAUGGGCUUGACCGGAAAGUCACCAUCGUUGAAGUGCUGGAAAAUGACCAGAUGGGGGUAGGAGAAGAGAGAAAGACAGUGGCUCUGGCAUCCAGGCACAUCUAUGGCACGAGCAGCGAGUGGGAGAGCUUCGAGCUGACCGACGCGAUCCGGCGCUGGCGCAGGGCAGGGCUGACCACGCACCGGCUGGAGGUUCACAUAGAGAGCAGGGAAGGGGAGGAGCAGAGCGGAGAGCCCAAACUCGACAUCGACAUCAAUUCCGAGGCCAAGCACGAGCCCCUGUUGAUUGUGUACUCUGAUGACCAAAGCAAUGACAAAAAAGAGAAGGAAGAGCUGAACGAAAUGAUAGACCACGAGCAGCUCCUGGACUUGGAGAACUUAGAGAUUGGCAAUUUCCACGACCAGCCUGGGGAAGAGGCUCUGCUCCAGAUGCGCUCCAACAUCAUUUACGACUCCACUGCCCGGAUCAGGAGGAAUGCCAAGGGCAACUACUGUAAAAAGACUCCACUCUACAUAGAUUUCAAGGAGAUUGGCUGGGACUCCUGGAUCAUCGCCCCGGCAGGAUACGAAGCUUACGAGUGCCACGGAGUGUGUGCCUACCCCUUAACAGAGCACGUCACACCCACAAAGCAUGCCAUUGUCAAGACUUUGGUUCACCUGAAGAACCCCCAGAAAGCCUCCAAGGCCUGCUGUGUGCCCACCAAACUCGACCCCAUCUCUAUUCUCUACUUAGAUGCAGGGGUGGUCACCUACAAGUUCAAAUACGAAGGCAUGGUGGUGUCAGAGUGUGGCUGCAGAUAGUAGCAGGAACACACACACGGGGGUGUGCACAGGGGGAGUAUUUAAUGAUCCAGUCUGUAAAUUUGUACAUUUGGGAUUUGCUAUUUAAUGAGGUUAUUUAAUGAGGCAUGUACAGAUAAUUGUAUGUUUCCUGUAAUGGGGAAUGGGCAAGUCGUGCGACCGUAGGGA